GUAAUUUUAAUCAGGUUACCACACUGGAAGGAUGGACAACCAUCAUGAACUACGUGAUGGACGUCUCCUUCGGGGCCAGCUUUUUGAUUUUCUUCAUCCUCGUUGGUAGCGUCUCCUUCCUCGCCAUCAACACGUUCCAGGUGAUCGUCGCCAUUCACUUUGUGAAGGCUGACGAUGAUGAUGAACCUGAACGUGAGAGGGGCUUCUUUGUGGACGGCUUGGACCUGCUGUACAGGAUGAAGCUGUACUUGUGGGAGCAUCGCUGCGUCAGAUUGUCCACGGAGAGCGACCGCUGGUGGAGCAGCCAGAGCCGCUCACGUUCGUUUGACGCCCAGUCCCCGACCAUGGAGAAGAUUGAGCGUUUCCUCAACAGCGACUUGUUGGGGUGGAUCCAAACGCUCACCAUCCUCGCCAACCUCAUCGCUAUGUCCAUUGAGCACUACGGCCAGCCCGAGGCUCUGACUACAGCCCUGGACACGUGCAACUGCGUGUUCAUCGGGAUGUACUCAGCGGAGUUGGUGGUGAAUGUCCUCCUGUACAGGAUCGAGUACUUCACCGAUUGGGAGAAUGUCGUGGACCUCGCCAUCAUCAUCAUCGGCAUCGUGGAAAUCGUGUGGCAAACCGAGACCAGACUCUACGUCCUCCGUGCGUUCCGCGCCACUCGGAUCAGCAUGCUGUCCAACUUCUCUCCUAAGCUGAAGAGGCAGUGGGAGAUCCUGAAGCGAUCCAUCAGGCAGUCGCUGCAUCUCUCCAUGAUGUUUUUUUUCAUAGUCUACAUCUUCAGCAUGUGGGGCAUGACGUUGUUCAGCAGCGAGAACUUUCCACCGCGGGAGGUCAGAGGACUCUUUCAUCCCCAGGCCAGCUUUGACUCGCUGUGGUGGUCCAUGCUCACCGUCUUCCAGAUCAUCACCGGGGACAGCUGGAACGUGAUAAUGUACAGUGCGAUGCUAUACAACUCUCCAUACAUCGCACUGUACUUUAUCACCGUCAUAACCAUUGGGAAGGACCUCCUCCUAAGCUUCCUGGUGGGCAUGGUCAUGCUACGCUUUGACCGUACGACAUCAUCAUCAUCUGUAGAGACCGACUCCUCCAGGUCCGAGUCUCGGUCGGACCCUUUGUCGGCCUCUUCAGGGCCAGCAACCGGCUCGCCGUCUGGGCCUACCCCCCAGUCCAACGGAAGUAACGGCAGCUGGCCCAGCAUGUUGAGGGUCAACAGAUGCCCAAGCAACGCACUGAGAUGCUCCAGCCAGAGGAGUAGCGCCGGGUUCCAGAGCUGCUCAGAAGAUGGGAGGAGCCCCACGACCCGGAGCAGCUCAAAGGUCAAGAGGAGCCCCAGGGCUCAGAGCAGCUCCAACGUUUAAGAGGAGCCCCAGGGUCCAGGGCAGCUCAGACGUUUAAGAGGAGCCCCACGACCCGGAGCAGCUCAAGCCAAGGGGAGCUCCAGGGCUCAGAGCAGCUCAGACAUUUACAAGGAGCCCCAGGGUCCAGGGCAGCUCAGACAUUUAAGAGGAGCCCCAGGGUCCAGAGCAGCUCAGACAUUUACGAGGAGCCCCAGGGUCCAGGGCAGCUCAGACAUUUAAAGGAGUGCUGGGACCAUUUAGUUAAUUUUCUAGUUUCAAUGUUCAAGUUAACAAAAUGUUUAAAUUUUGGUUAUGAAGCUAAACUGUUGCAGUGCUUUUGCUCAUGGUGUCAAACUAAAAACUUUGUUUUGUUUGAAAAAGUGUUCAUGUUGUUUAGCAACAGUUUGGCGUUUCUGGUUGUUUUGUUUAGAUGUAAUUAAAGGUUUGUAAGUGGCUCAAACA